AUGGCUACUUUUAAAGGGGCUGCUAGAGAGGCUCAGAGAGCUGCUCUGUUGAUGAAGCAGCGUGAAAAGGAACGACAAGAACUAGAAAUUCAGAAACGAAAACUUGAGGCAGAAAUGCGUGUCGGUGAAAUGUCUACUAAGUUUGCCGUGCAUUAUGAUGCCAUUGAAUACCAAUUGAAGAACAAUACGAUUGGUUUGGUGACGUUAGAUGAAAUGAAAGCUCGCCAGAAAGCUUAUAUGACACAAAGAGAGAAGGAAUUAGCCCUGGGAAACUCGAAAGGUCUCUCACACAAGUCAGAAAACUCCGCACUGGAAAAGAAAAAUAAGCUCCAGCCUUCUCUGUUGUCUUUUGCUGAGGAGGAAGAUCUCGAGGAUGAACAAAAGUCACCUAUCUCCACUGAACAUAAUUCUGAGUCACCCGACAAAACUGAAGAUAAACUUCAGUUUGAAGAAGUUCUAACAGACGGGGAGGGUGCUGUUAAGUCUGACAGUGAGUCUUGUGCCAAACGAAGGCGCUUGGGAAAAAAUCCAACAGUUGAUACUAGUUUUCUCCCGGAUAUUGAUAGAGAUGAAGAAGAAAAACGUUUGAGAGAAGAACUUCGAAGAGAAUGGGUAGCUAAGCAAGCUGCGAUCAAAGAAGAGGAAAUAGUUAUCACUUACAGCUAUUGGGAUGGAUCUGGACAUCGCAAACAAGUUCGAAUGAAAAAGGGUCACUCUAUCCAUUUAUUCUUACAUCGUUGCGUAGAGCAACUUCGAAAAGACUUCUCUGAAUUAAAGUCUGCCAGUGCAGACCAAAUGAUGUAUAUCAAAGAAGACUUGAUUAUUCCUCAUCAUUAUACGUUUUAUGAUUUUAUCGUAACUAAGGCUCGUGGUAAAUCCGGACCAUUAUUCUGCUUUGAUGUUCACGAUGAUGUUCGUAUUCGAAUGGAUGCAAACGUAGAGAAAGAAGAGUCACAUGCUGGAAAAGUCUGUUUACGCAGUUGGUAUGAACGCAAUAAACACAUUUUUCCUGCUAGCCGAUGGGAACCAUAUGAUCCUGCAAAGAAUUGGGAUCAUUAUACUGUAUCAGAUAAAAUGGCUGCAAAGAUCACGGUUAAAUGA